CGUGCUCCACAAGUGCAACAAAAAAUGCACUUGAAAUGACUGUAUUGUGUGUUUUAAAUCAAGCUCUUCUCUAAAUAAUAGUAACUUAAAAACAGUAGAAGUAAUUGGGCCAGUAUUAUAAUAAUAAAAAUAUUUUUCCUCUUGUUAAGCAGAUCAGUUUGCCUGGAAAUGUGUGCAUCAAAAUUCAGACUGAUGUCUUAAAAAAAAAAGGAGUAUGAAAUCCUGGUUUGAGGGGCUUAAAAGGGGAAUAUAUAACCUCCCUGUAAUCACAGUUGUGUCACCAUGCUUGUGGAAUUCCACUAAUAUGGUGUUGCGCAAAGCCUCACUUGCCCCUCCUACAUGCACUAAAUAUAAAUGUGCACGAGCAGCAAAAGCAAUUUUGCAAAUAGCUGGAUCAGCCAAACAGUGUUUGUACUAAAAUUACGUGUGCGAAUAGUAAAAGCUGUGGUAACACAGUGUGCAAAGCCUGAUAAAUACCAAGAAUCAUAAUUAUAUGUUAUUACAAACCUUUGGUGCUGUGGUGUUGUCUUGUCGUUGAUCUGAGAAGUUAAUAAUUUGACUUGUUGUAAUAGCUACGUUAAUUUCCUCUUUGGAAAGCUAAUAUAAUUUCAGGUAAAUGUUUCUGUGGAGUCCUGCUCUUCUUGAGGUACUAACUAGUUUAAAUCUACCCAAGGCCUGGGAAGUUCAUUCUUGUGAGCUUGUUGCAUUGACAUGGAGUUACUGUUUCUUGGAAAACUUUAUUCUGGAAUCUGUGAAUCAAAAUAGUUCAAAGGCUUCAGUGAUUGCAAGGAUGUAGUAAAGCUGGCAUGUUCAGAGCCUUCCAGGCUGAUUGCCACACUGCUGGUGUGCUUGCUCACUUUCUCUUGUCUUGUACAGGAGUGGUACCAGAAAGCAAUGUGAGGAAUGUGACUAAACAACUUGUCUCCUAAAUCCACAUCACAUUUUUCAAUUUUCUUCCUUUCUUCCUUUCUUCCUUUGUUUAGAUUGUAAAGCCUGUCAGGACUCUUAAGUUACAGACAUUCCCAUAAGAAGGUGGCAUUGUGGGAAUAAAAUGAUGUGUUGCUCUAUUUCAAAAGAAUGAUAAGUGCUUUAAGUAUGGGAAGUCUGAACACCCUUAGCAGAAGGAUCACGUUUUGCGUGCUUGAUAUGCAUUGCAGACUUAAUGCUAGAGACUGGUCAUGAUCAUGGCAAGGCUUUUCCUUCCAGUGGUGUACAAAAUAAUUUUUCUACUACUUACAAAAAAAUGUCUUUUAUUGCUUUACUCAUCUCAUAAGACUAAUCUUGUUUUGUAUUAAAUAUAGUCCAUAUUGACAGUGGAGAUUAUAAGCUCAUGAAGGAGCAUCUGUUUCUGUUUUUGUCUAGCUGGAGAUUAUCCCUUAAUCAUGCAGGGUCUGGGUGUGCAUUUUUGGAUUUGUUGACUCAGGAAAGCUCGAGAUAGCAUUAAAGGCCAGUGACACAUACUGCAGCUGCAUUUAGGUUGACGGUCCUCUGAGAACUCUUGCUUGACCCACACAGCUGAAAAAAUGGCAAGAAAAACCGUCCUUAUUACAGGUUGCUCCUCAGGAAUUGGAUUGGCCUUAGCUGUAAAAAUGGCGAAAGAUGAACAGGAAAGAUUUAAAGUGUAUGCUACAAUGCGGAAUCUGGCCAAGAAAGAUGCACUCGAGGAAGCUGUAGGUCAUAAUCUGGGCAAAACCUUGGAAAUCAAGCAACUGGACGUCUGUGAUGAACAGUCCAUUAAAACUUGUGUGAAUAGCAUCCCUGACAGAAGGAUUGAUGUCCUAGUUAGCAAUGCUGGAAUGGGGCUCAUUGGACCAAUUGAAUGUCAGACUAUCGAUGAAAUGAAAACCGUGAUGGAUACCAACUUCUUUGGACUGGUUCGACUCCUGAAGGAGAUUUUGCCUGACAUGAAGAAGAGGAAGAGCGGGCAUAUAGUUAUAAUAAGCAGUGUUAUGGGAAUUCAAGGUAUCUUAUUUAAUGACGUUUAUGCUGCAUCUAAGUUUGCGGUGGAAGGAUUCUGCGAAAGUUUAGCUAUACAAGCACUCAAGUUCAAGCUGCAGUUAAGUUUGAUUGAACCAGGUCCAGUGGUUACAGAGUUUGAAAGAAAAGUGUUUGAAGAUGGAAUGAAAAUGGAUCUUUCAGCUGCAGAUGAGGAAACAGCUGAGAUGUUUACUAAUAUUUACCUUAAAAAUUACAAACAAAUUUUCCAGAGCCUUGGACAAAGUGCUGAGGAAGUUGCAGAGCAUACAGUCAAGAUAAUACUUGCGGAAAAUCCACCUUUUCGCCAUCAAACCAAUACCUUGUAUACACCCAUGACAACACUGAAAUACGCAGAUCCAAAUGGAGAUCUACCCAUUGAUACAUUCUACAAAAUGGUUUUUCACCAUGACAAAAUCUUCAGUGCAAGUCUUAACUUCAUCAAAUUGCUGAGGUGGAGAAGCAGAAAAAGCUUUGACCUGGGAAAAUCUUCAUCACAGUGAGAUUGUGCAAGCUAGAAUUAAUUGUUAGAGCUGCUGCUAACACCAUGUCGUUGUUUGUUCUGUAACUGUAUAAAGGCAUUCGAGAUCUCUGA